AUGUCCCGGAGAUACGAUUCCAGGACAACCAUCUUCUCCCCCGAAGGGCGACUUUAUCAGGUGGAAUAUGCUCUCGAGGCUAUCUCGCACGCUGGCACAGCUUUAGGGAUCCUGGCUAAAGAUGGAAUCGUGCUUGCUGCGGAGAAAAAGGUGACCAGCAAGCUGCUGGAGCAGGACACAUCUGCGGAGAAGCUUUACACACUGAAUGACAACAUGAUUUGUGCAGUCGCCGGUAUGACUGCCGACGCCAACAUUCUCAUCAACUACGCCCGACAAGCCGCUCAACGCUACCUUCUCACAUACGGUGAAGAAAUCCCCUGCGAACAGCUCGUUCGUCGGCUGUGUGAUUUGAAACAAGGGUAUACGCAACACGGUGGUCUUCGUCCUUUCGGUGUGUCGUUCAUCUACGCAGGCUACGAUCCGCUUCGAGAAUUCCAGUUGUACCAGAGCAACCCGAGUGGAAAUUACGGCGGUUGGAAAGCAACCAGUGUGGGAGCGAACAACGCAAGUGCCCAGAGCCUGCUCAAGCAAGAUUACAAGGAGGAUUGCGACCUGAAGGAAGCUUGUGCUAUGGCCGUCAAGGUUCUGAGCAAGACCAUGGACUCAACGAAGCUCAGCAGUGAGAAGAUCGAAUUUGCAACGGUGGGCAAGACCAAGGAAGGGAAAAUUUACCACCACCUGUGGAAUGCGGAUGAGAUCAAUGCUUUGCUGAAGGAACACGGUUUGGCUAAGGUUGAUGAUGAGCCUGAGGCUGGUGAUGUCAAAUAA